CAAGAGGGGGACUGAUGGAGUAAGAGAGAGAGAGAGUAGGGGAGACUGUAGGGUCUGUGAGUGAGGAGAAGUGAGUGGUGUACGUACAGUGGUGGUCUGUAGGGGCUGAAGAGAAGGGAAGAAGGCAUUGGCAAGUGGAAAAGGGGAGGAGGUGGUGAGUGUGUGUGUUUGCAUGCUUUCACAGUGAGGAAAGCUAGAGACUAAGGGACACGGCAGAGUGUGAGUGGAGGGGGCAAGGAAAGAGGUGAAGGUCUCUGCUUGGUUUUUGGAGAGGAAGAAGAGUAGAAGGAGGGGGUGCGGGGGGUCAUCUGGAGUGGAUUUCAAGACAGGACAAGCUGUCAGCGAGAAGGGCCGGGGUGUGAGGAGUCACUUGGGAAGAAGGAACAUGCUGGAGAAGGAGAUGUGAGCCCUUCAUCACAUGAAGAGAAGAGGACUUUCCCAACUGAAGCACUUGUCUGAGAGGAGCGGUUGAGGAAGAGUUGGGGAUAUUGAGGAGGAAGAGAGAAGGUGUCUGCUGGAAGUAUGGGGUGCAUUCACAGCACGGGCACUGGCAAGGUGAAGAAACAUGGACCAGAUACUGACACAGGGGAAAUCCUUAUAAAGACGGAACCGGAGGUGCAUCCUGAAAUCCUGCACCUUGCUGAGCUCGCCAAAGCUGGGAGCCACACCUUCAUGGAGAAGAGCUUCAAGAAGAGACGGAUAUGUGAAGUGUGCAAGCACAACAUCAUCAACCCCGGGGCUUUUUGCAAGGAAUGCAAGGCUGCAGUUCACAAGUCCUGUGAAGCCAAGGUCAUUGGGUAG